AGGGGAUAGCCAGCUGAAUGGAGAACGGACUGGAAUGGAUGAGGAGGUGAUGAAGGAGGAGGAGUAGGAGGAUGAGGAGGAGGAGGAGGAGAGGAGGAGGAGGAGGAGGAGGAGGUCUGAGGAGGUGUGUGGAUCAAUAUUGUUGGCGUUGACGCAGGGCUAGCAUUGCUGGAGGAGGUAGUGGAAGAGAUACCGUCUUCCAUGGAGGUGUAGCUAGUUGGUUAAGCUUGCACAUACAAAUCUGAUACGUCAUUAUGGGCGUGGUUACUCUGCUGGCCAUAGCAGCCAGCGUUGUGGGAGCCAUUGCCUAUAUGCCAAGUGGCAAUGAACACCUUCUGACCGACUCACUGCUGCGUGAGGUGGUGGACCGAAUGGGUCACGACCUGGCAGAGAGCUACCUGGACUACCCAUCCGGUGGUGGUGGUGGGGGGAGCCGACUGUCCGCCAUGUCCGCCCUCAUGUCCCGGGCCGACAAGGAGAUGAUGGACGACGCCCCCUUCUACCCGGACAGCCCCAGCCCGAGUCUCCGGGACCAGGAGUACAUCCAGCACAGCACUCUCUGGGGACACCACUACCUCUCUGGGGGAAAUGGUGAGGGGAGCCACCGCAUCAGCUUCGGUGGAAAUGGAGGGGGCACUGCCAAAGUGAAGUCCGAUGCUUCCCUGCCUGCCUACUGCAACCCACCCAAUCCUUGCCCCUUAGGAUUCGCAGGGGAGGACGGAUGCCUGGAGCAGUACGAUAACACAGCCGCAUUCAGCCGCGACUACCAGGCCGCACAGGACUGCAUGUGUGACUCUGAGCACAUGUUCGACUGCGAACGCAAGGCGCAGCCCAACGCACUUGAUGACCAACUCGCUGACUACGACAUGCCGAUUGACAACCAACACAAGGGUCUCGUGGCAAAGAAAUUCCACGUGAAGAAGGAUAGCAACCCUUUCCUUCAAGGAGAGAAACUGCCAAUUGCAGCCAAAAAAGGAAUAAACGUUGAAUACUAGAAAUGGACACCUCGAAACAAUAAACGGAAUGAACCACGGAUCUGAAUGGAAUGAUAAGAUUAUAAUAUUUGCGCUCCUCUAGGGAGCUUAAAAUCGUUAUUGGUGUUAUAAAAUAAUUUACUCGCUUUCGGUGUUAGUUUUAAAAUGUCUAAUUAAUGGAGAGAUGUUGAAAAUAUUAUAUAUUAUUCAAAUUUAAUAUCAAACUAAUAAUUAUUCAAUGUUGACGUUCGUAGUCAGUAAUUCAAAAAAGGAAUUUAAUCAAAAUUACAAUUGUAAUAGUAUGCGAAUGAGUUAGAACUACAAUGUUCAUCAUUAUCAAAUUAACUUGCAUGAAUAAGUCGAUAUUAACAAAUUAAUAUUAAAUGUUGAAUAUAAAUGUUAAUGCUUAGAACAAUAUCUUAUCAAGGUUACUAAUGGACAAGAUUAAUGUAAGACAAAACAAAACAGACAUGACAAACACAAGAAAAUCCUAUUAUCGUAAGGAAUGUAACUCAAUCUUUUUCGAAGGCAGGCGUAAUAUUUUAUGAUUAUAUCUUUCAGAAGUAGAAGUAAUAUUAUAUAGGGAAUAGUGAAUUGUUUACCAUUUUUAAGGAAGAGAAUAAGUGAGCAGAAAUGUAGCUUUUUGCAUAUUGUAUUAGGCCCACAUACUCUGCAGCGUCAGAAAGCCCAGAAAAGACCGGCUGAAGAUGCUGAAGAGUGUGCAUGUUAUGAUCAAUUGGCUGCAUUGCCUGCUCCAUUACUUUCUUCCGCUUGUAAUUUUUAGUUUCUCAAUUUUAUUUGAGAGCGACCAAUUACUAUAAACAACAGUAAUUGAAUAAAGGUAACAAGCGGUCAAAGGCAAUUGAAUAGAACAUCUCGCUCACUCGAUUCAUCGCCAUUUCUUUCUUCCAUCUUAGGCUACAUCACAUCACUAGGAGAUGACAUCUUCAACAUCUUUGUGGAGAUAAACUCUUAUUCUAAUUGAAGCAACAACCAUCAAUCAGGCUGAUAGCUAGAGCCUGUAUUGACGGUUGUUUAAUUUUGAUGAGAGGAUGAACAAGAAACCGAGGCUCAUCUUGUCCACCUUCUUUAUUCCAGAAGUUCAAUUAGAUAAGAGAGUUUGUGCUUUACAGGAAGUGUUUAUACUCUUCCACUAACUUAUACAUCCUCACACAUCCUAUCCCCCCUCAUCCCAAAUCCUUUAUGCACAAGAAGGUUCCACAGUGGUAUAAGAUAUAUGAGGAUGCACUAUUAUAUUAUAAACAUCUUGAUGUCAAUCCAAAUUAUUGAAUAGUAUUAUGUAAGUUAUUUUGUGUUAGAUAUUAGAAGUUGUCUCAAAAAAUUUCCAAACACAAAUUCAACCAUAACACCAUGUACAUUGCUGAAGGGAUUUUAUCACAAAAGAUAGAAUAAAAUUACGAAAAAAUUGAGACAUAUUCUAAUACAAUGUUAAAAUAAUUAUUAUUAGUAUAAUUAUCCACGAAUCACACUAAUUAUUAUCGAAAUAUAUUCUAUUGCUUAUUAUUGAUUAGACAACUUACCAUUCUCAAAAACUGUUAGAGGAAAGAUUCCCCCACUCCUUCAAGAUCUAUGCACACCCUUCUAUUGUGUAAACAACACAAGAUAACAAUUAUUAAAAUCUAUUGUUGUUAAUAUAUAAAAAUAAAUAUGUCUAACAGAUAAUACUUAUCCAGAUUAGCUCUCAUUAGAAUGAGAUUAGAAUACCUGUAUUCAUUUGUUCAAUCAUAAAUAAGCAUGAUGUGAAAAAAUAAAAAAUCGAAAAAGUA